CAAGUAAAGUAUAAAAGCAGCUUCUUUCUGGAACUUCACAAAAUCUUCCUCUGAGAUUCUGAAGGCAACGAUCUGAAAACCAAGAUACAUCAUGGCAAUGCUGAGAAAUCUUCUGCUUCUUUUCAUUGUGUUCUCUAUGGGGAAUGCAGAAGUUGAUAUAGUUGAAAGAUGCCCCAAUGGAUGGACAAAUUUUGGAGUCCGAUGCUACAAGUUCUUCUCUCCGUCAGUUAACUGGAUCACAGCAGAGAAAAACUGUCAAAGUCUGGAUGCAAAUCUUGCAUCUGUGCACAAUAAACUGGAGAAUGAUUUUCUGAUGAGUCUGUUGCCUUCUGCUACCACACAUAUUUGGGUUGGUGUUCAUGAUGGUGAACAAGAAGGACAGUGGUUGUGGUCUGAUGGAACUUCAUAUGACUAUACCAACUGGUGCUCUGGGGAACCUAACAAUGCCUUUGUCGAGAACUGUAUGGACAUCAACUGGACCGCUAACCGUUGCUGGAAUGAUCUGCCCUGUUCAUUCCAAAUAAGCUAUGUUUGUGCUAAGGACUUGUGAGAUCAUACGCAGUCAUCCUGCUCCACAGUUACUUCAAUUGUACUACAUUUAAAUUUUCUGUUCUUAUCUGUACAAAAAAAAAAAAAAAAAAA